GCUAACCCUUUUCUCUUAUGCUUUUGUUGGGUACAUGGACAACAUGGACAACAUGGGAGACCCAAAGAGCAUCAUACAAGAACUGCUACAAGGUUUGGAGUUGGCAAGGCAGCUAGAAGUGCAUCUUCACACGCCUUCUUCGUCCCGCGAAACCCGUGACCUCCUCAUCCACAACAUCAUAUCCAUCUUUGAAAAGGCACUUGAAAUGGUAAAUUGGAAAGGUCCGGUGCCUGUCGGUGAGUCAUCACAACUGCCCCUGGCAGCCGCAAUCCGAAUGUCAGACUCACCUAUCAGCAGUAGUCCCCAAAGUGAAGACUCUGAGAGAGAUUUGAAGGACCAAGACAACAAUGCUUUCAAGAAAAGAAACACUUUGCCCAGAUGGACAAAAAGGAUUCGGGUUACACCGGGAAUGGGGGUGGAAGGGCCUCUUGACGAUGGACAUAGUUGGAGAAAGUAUGGUCAGAAAGACAUCCUUGGAGCCAUGUACCCCAGGGGCUAUUACAGAUGUACCCACAGAACUGUGCAAGGUUGCAUGGCAACAAAGCAAGUUCAAAGAUCUGAUGAGGACCCUACAAUUUUUGAAAUCAAUUAUCGAGGAAAUCACACAUGCACGGUGGCCCACAGCGCGGGUACUUCUUCAAUAAUUCCACUAGAAAACCAAGAACCAACUCUGAACAACACAAAUCAGCAGCAGAAUAUCUUGCAGAGCCUUGAGCAGCAACCAAAUGAUUUACUUUUGAGUCUCCGAGAAGGGUUGAGAGUCCAAACACAAAACCUUGAUUCCACUGACCAAUCAUUUUCUCCAUUCCGUUUCCCUUUAUCAACAAACAUGGAAAACGAAGGUCAGGUUUUCCCUCCUCAUGUUCUUGAAAAUUUCACUUCUCCUUAUAUGUCACCUGCUACAUCCGGAAUCAGCCACUUUUCGGUGUCUCCAACUGGGGUGAACAAUUUUGGAGGGAACCAAAAUUUGUCAACUUUUGAGUCUCAUAUCAAUGACAUGAUCCCUGCUGUUACUUCUGCUCCAAACUCAGCAGCUGUUGCUUUAGAGUUUCCUUUCGACCAGUUUGGAUUUGAUGGUCAGAACCUCAGAUUCGGUAACCCAUGAUUUUUCUGCCGAGUAUACUCAAUCAACUGAAAUUGAAUGAAAGUCAAAAUCUAUUAUUUUUUUAAAAUAAUAGAAUUAGAAGCAUAUGAUGAAAGUGGAAAGAUAUCAGCAGGUGCUGUAAGGUAACAUUCUAGAAUUAUAUGACCCUUUUGAAGAAAAAAAAAGGCUUGUGUGUUUGUGUCGUAGGAAUCUGCAAUUCUAAAAUUGCUUAGUCAUUAAGAACUUUCCUUCAUAAUGUCAAGUUAUCACAAACUCUUUUCUAA